UACAAACCUUCAAUAAAGAUGGAAUUGGUUACAGUAUAUGAUAAAUUGGAAAAAAUAUGGUCGGGUUCAGGUUCAGGAAGAAUUUUUGAUUCAAAUAAAUCUAUUGGAGAGAUUGCAUUUUAUAUGAUGCGUAGUAAAUCACCUACUGAAAUAUGCCAAAUAUCAGAUUCUGAAGACACAACGUUGACCUAUGGAACUGCCAUUACUUAUGCUAUACGUAUAGCACAGCAUUUUAGGAAAUUGGAACUGACUCAGGAUGAUAUUGUGGGAAUAGUUGCACCUAAUACUACUCUACUAAUGCCUGUUGCAGUCGCUUGUUGGUUAAAUUGUACACCAUUUCAAGCAAUCUAUCCACUACAUGAAGAAAAUGUUAUCGAACAUCUUUUUAAUAUUACUAAGCCAAAAGUAAUUUUUUGUGAUGGUUUACGGUACGAAAAAAUUAAAAACUGUAAGUCUGCAUUAAAUGCAAAAAUAUUUACACUCUGUAAUCAUUUAACUGAUGUACCAAAAGUGGAAGAUUUACUCGAACCUACAAUAACGGAACAUUUCUUUCGACCAGCUACAUUAAAAUAUGGACCAAACCAGACAAUGGGACUGUUUUGCUCAUCUGGUACUACUGGUUUUCCAAAAGCUGUUUGUAUAUCAAACCAUUUAAUGACUAAGAAUUUGGGCUUUACUGAUCGUGCUUCAAUAAUGUUCUCCUUCUCUACACCAGACUGGACAACAGGGCUUCUAAGCCUCGCGAUUAAUACGCUACUUGGUGGUGUACGCAUAGUUACAUCGAAACCAUAUUCUCCAGAAUAUUUGAUGGAAAUCGUCAUUAAGUAUAAAGUUUCUUUUUUGGGUAUUAGCGCUUUUUCAACUACUGAAAUUUCGAAUUUACCUAAUUUUAAUAAGGAAACUUUGAAAAAUAUUCGUUUUAUUUUUAUGUCAGGAGGACACUGUCCCAUAUCUACGCUAGAACGUGUGCGUUCUCAGCUUACCAUGGCUGUACUUUUAAAUGGCUACGGCACUACCGAAUGUGGUGGCAUAGCCGCUAACAUUAAGAAUUAUAAAAAUAAUUCGGUUGGUAGAAUCCUACCCGAAAUAGAAAUUAAGAUUAUUGAUCAACAAACUGGUGAAAAGUUAGCACACAAUCAAGUUGGUGAAAUUUAUGUGCGUACGUCAAGCAAAUGGAGUGGUUACUAUGGAGAUGUGAAAGCGACUGAAGCUGUAUUAGAACUUGAUGGUUGGGUACGAACUGGAGACUUGGGUUACAUAGAUGAAGAAAACUAUUUAUAUUUGCUUGAUCGUAGCAAAGAUAUUUUAAAAUACAAUGGCAGACAAUAUUCUCCACAUGAAAUCGAAGAAACUAUCUUAGAGUUAUCAGAUGUAUUGGAUGCGUGUGUUUUUGGUGUUUAUGACGAUAAUUUUAAUGAUUUAGCGGCAGCAGCAGUUGUGAAGAAACCUGGUGCUAAGUUAACAAAGGAAGAGAUUGUUAAGUACGUUAAGGAACAGCAUGAAGAUAAUAGCAAGCACCUGAACUAUGGCGUUUUCCUUGUGGACGAAAUACCAAAAAAUGCUAAUGGUAAAGUUUUAAGGAAAGAAACUAAGGAAUAUUGUUUAAGAUAUAUUACAACUUUGAUAGAGUGA